CUGGUGUGGGAGGAUGGUGACUGUGACCACAGUCCUGAAGGUGGUGGGCCUGUUUGUUGCAGAGCUCAUCAGCUCCAUCACAGACUGGUUCCAGACCAAACCAGAAUGGGCCAACUUAGAAGUGCUGGAGAAAACAGUGCUGAAGACAAGCGGAGGAGUGCAUGAAAAGCACGAGGCCAAAACUCUGUGGGAUAAGAGCGGAGCUGUGAUUAUGGUCGAGGCCGCUGAGCUGUCCUCUCUGAAGUCCCAGCUGGAGGACCUUGACGUCCCUCUGUUUGCCGUGGUGAAGGAAAACCGUGGCAAGGAACUGGACUGCUUCAAGAAGUACUUCUCUGGGAAAGUCUAUGUAGAUCAGCAGAGAAAAUUCUAUGGCCCUCAAGAGAGGUGGAUGUUUCUCUCCAUGUUUCUGCGGAUUGGUGUGUGGAAGAAUAUCUGGAGGGCAUACCGGAGGGGUGUCAGGGGAAACCUAAAAGGUGAAGGAUUUGUCCUGGGAGGAGUCUUUGUCAUUGGGCCAGGAAAUCAGGGUAUUCUACUGGAGCACCGUGAGAAAGAAUUUGGUGACAAGAUGUUCCGCGGCCGCGAGGUGGAGGCUUCCCCCGCGCUGCUCAGCAGUCCCCCUGGGGAGCCCUGCCCCGAGUUUCUAGCAGCCCAGAGCGCUCUUUUUCACCAAAGCAAAGCCAGAGCAAUGUCGUCCGGGUCCGGACUGGAAGGGGAACUGAUCCAGAUGGGGAUGUGGUCUCUGGGUCUGGGGGCCGUGGGAGCGGCCGUGGCCGGAAUCCUCCUGGCCAACACUGAUCUGUGUCUCCCCAAAGGCGCCAGCGCGUCUCUGGAGUACCUGGGAGACGCGGACCUGCGCUCCACCGUUGAAGACGACAGGGUCAUCAAAGCGAAGCGCCUGUGGGAGAGGGACGGGGCCGUGGUCAUGGCCGAGGCCGCUGAGCUGUCCUCUCUGAAGCCCCAGCUGGACGAGCUCGGGAUCCCACUGGUGGCCGUGGUGAAGGAGAACGUCGGGACAGAGAUCCAGGACUUCAGGCCGCACUUCGCCGGGGACAUCUAUAUCGAUGAACAGAAACAUUUCUACGGCCCGCUUCAGAGGAAGAUGGGGGGGUUGGGCUUCAUUCGUCUCGGAGUUUGGCAGAACUUCAUGCGGGCUUGGAGAUCUGGUUACCAGGGCAACAUGAACGGAGAGGGCUUCAUCCUGGGGGGAGUGUUUGUCAUCGGAGCAGGAGAGCAGGGAAUCCUCCUGGAGCACCAAGAGAAGGAGUUUGGCGAUAAGGUGGCCAUCGCAGAUGUUUUAGAGGCUGUGAAGAAAAUCCAGCGGGUGAAGUAACUUGCGUUAGCCACAGAGCAUGCCCACCGCGUUAGAUCGAUGCUAAAACGAACAAGACAUGGACAUUUUUCACCAGACACGUAGCGCUGUGUGUUGUGUGCGACGUCUACUGUGAAGAUGUCUCUGAAAACGGAGCUGAGAAAUGCAGGACAGAGCUAGUGUUAUUCCAGCAUUUUACACAGACUGCUCUUUAUUCCAGCCACCACCCACAAGGGCAUUACAGUAAUCCAUCCUCUAGAGAACCCCUCUCAUAUUUGGUACUAAUUCUGUUGAUCAGUUAUUAAGAGGUACGUAUUUAAUGCCAUCCCUGUGUGAAAGCUUCUUUUAUUUCUGCCUGGUUCAGGCACCUGAACGUCUUCUAUCAUGAGAAACGGUGUGCAAGCCUGAGUGUGUGAUAAUGAAAACCUGACUCUAAACUCACUAACGAGAGGAGCAGGUUUGAUGCCCAAACUCACACAAAGGCUCGGCCACCGUCCUCGCGCUGGGGGCUGUUCUCGGUGCAGGUUUUUGCUGGUACGUGAUUGUAUGUUCCUGCACAUGUACAAACUAACGGCAGAUGAAAAAAUAAAAUGAGUUCAACACAG